CAAGAGGAUUCCUUUGGACCUGGGGCAGUGCAGGACUACUAUAAAAGCCAUCUCAGCUCUUCAAUCUCUCAUCCGCUGUGCUCCCAUCUUCAACUUCAGAAGCAAGUUCUCCUCCAGCUCCAAGCCAUGUCCUGCUGCAACCCGUGCCAGCCCUGCCAGCCCUGCGGCCCGUGCCCGCUGGCCAGCAGCUGCAAUGAGUGCUGCGUCCGGCAGUGCCAGAGCUCCACCAUCGCCAUCCAGCCCUCUCCCGUGGUGGUGACCCUGCCCGGACCCAUCCUCAGCUCCUUCCCACAGAACACCGUUGUGGGAUCCUCCACCUCCGCUGCUGUUGGCAGCAUCCUCAGCUGUCAGGGAGUGCCCAUCAACUCUGGGUGCUGUGAUUUCUCCUGUAUCACCAGUGGCUACUGUGGCAGACCGUGCCUGCCCUGCUAAGGCUGCUCUAGGUUGCUCCACAGAAGACCCUCCAGGAACCCACAAGAUGAUAAUGGACUGACCAUGGAGAUCCUAGCCAUGACUCACGCAGAGGUUGAGCAUCCAUUCCUCCACAUUUGAAGUCAGGCAGAAGAGGAGUGCCUGGUCUCUCUGAAAACAUGGCCUUUAUUGAACUUGCCUGAUGUUCAUUCUCCUUUCUCUCCUUCUUUUCUCUGUUGCCUUCUGCUUCUCUGGGCUCUGAGCCCUUGCUCUCCCCAUCCGAGGAAGAAGACGCUGACCCUCUCCCUCUCAGGGACAGGCAGACAUAUGCCUGGUGCAAACUCCUGUCUGGCUAAGGGGCAAAGACUCCUCCCUACUCCCGGUGCUCCCUGCACAAUGGCCUCACUCAGAGGACCUCUUGUCAGUCUUUCCAUGCAUUAAAGUUCCAUUGCAUCAUAGCCUCGUCUUCUGUGUGAUUGUUCUUCUCUCUCUGGAUUCUCUCCCUGGCUGCCAAAGAGAAAGUUGUCACUCUGAGAAGAUCUUGCAGGGACCAUCGGCAUUCCUGGAGGAAGGGGAGGGUGAGACACAGACACUGGCUCCUUUCAAGACACCGUCCCUUUCAGCUGUGGAAGAUGUCCCUGGCUCCUGCAGAACCACCAGCUCUCAGGGCCUGCCUUGCUGUAUCGUUGUGCCCAAAUGCUCUUCUCCUUCAGUCACACCCUGCAGAUGAUGGGAGCCCAACCACUGCCUGUGUGAGGAGCCCUUCUCUUCUGCUGCACUGGCAGGUUGGGUGUGUCACUGGGAGCUGCUUCUGUAUUCUGAACCUCCACACCUCGAGGAAAGUAUGUAGUGAUCUUACUUCCUCGGGGAGGAAGCUUGUUCUCAUGAGUAUCUUCCCAAGUCGAGGCCUCCACUAGAUCUUUUGAAUCUGGACCCACUGGAAAACAAAAGGACAGGUGGAACCUGAGGAGGAAAGGUCAGACGAAAUGACUUUUUCACUUACAAUUCCACCAGUUCAAAUAACCAGUUGGUUUCUAUAGGAAUAAGUGUAAGCAUUGGCCUUUCUGCAUCCCAUGUGGUCACUGAUAGAGAGAAACUUUGUGUGAAAAACAUACAGAUAAAAGUGAGGAUUGAGGAUCACUCAAUGCACAACU